AUGGCACUGGUAGCAGCAGCAGCAGCUCCUUCACACACUUCAGUCGUCUUUCUUCUACUCCAUAUCUGCCUCUUGCUUUUUUCCCCUGCAGCUGCAAUCACUUUCCACAAACCCAAAUUCGACCCAACCGACGCCUCCAUACUCUGCAGCGGCGGCGCCAGCGCAAGCUCCGGCACCGUCAAAUUGACCAAUGCCCACUACGGGAUUGAAGUCAGCCGCGUCACUUACGCCGACGACAUCCCACUCUGGAGUUCGGCCACCGGGAAACUCUCUGAUUUCGCCACCCGCUUCUCGUUCUCCAUCGACGCCGGCAGCGGCUACCCAUCAGCUAUCGCCUUCUUCCUUGCGCCCCUAGGGUUCCAGGCGCCUGAAAAUUCCGCCGGUGGGUACAUAGGUCUCUACAACUACACCGACAGGGUCCAUCCUCCGGCGCGGAAACAGGUUGUUCAUGUCGAAUUCGAUUACUUCGUGAACCCUUCUUGGGAUCCGCCGUUUCGGCAUGUCGGGAUGAAUAUCAACUCGCUCGCUUCCACGGUGGUCGCACCUUGGAAUUCCGGUUUGCGGCCUGGCGGUUCCGUCAUGGUUGAUAUCAACUAUACGGCCAGUACCCACAAUUUCACUGUGUUUUGGGAGUAUGAGAAUGGUCGGAAUUCGAGUCUUUGGUACGUAAUCGAUCUCAAGGAGGUUCUUCCGGAUCGGGUGAUGGUAGGGUUUUCAGCCACCUCCAAUGAUUAUUCAGGAGAACAGGAGCUUCUGUCGUGGGAUUUCCAUUCCAAUUUGGAGAUGAGGAAUACUGGUCGGGAACGAAAUUUCAGGAAUACAAAAAUGAUUGGGCUUGUUGCAAUAGCAGCCAUUGCCAUAGCUGCGUUCGUUUUUCUGCAGAUGCGUGGAAAGAGGGGAGGAGUUAACAAGGGAAUGAAUUUGUUGUCUAUGACAGAUGAAUUCUCGAGAGGCGCUGGCCCGAGGAAGUUCUCGUACACUGAUCUCGUCUCAGCUACCAACAACUUCUCGCUGGAUCGGAAACUGGGGGAAGGUGGUUUUGGAGCGGUUUAUAGAGGGUGUCUCAGUGAUUCAGAUAUGCCAGUUGCUGUCAAGAGGAUCUCCAGGGGUUCUAGACAAGGGAUCAAGGAGUACACAACUGAAGUUAUGAUCAUUAGCCGUUUGAGGCAUCGAAAUCUUGUUCAACUGAUAGGCUGGUGCCACGAAAAAGGUGAGCUCUUGCUUGUUUAUCAGUUCAUGUCAAAUGGGAGCCUUGAUUCUCACCUCUUUGGCGAGAAUAGUUCUCUCCCGUGGCCUGAAAGAUACAAUAUAGCUCUGGGGUUGGCCUCUUCCUUGCUCUACCUUCAUGAAGAAUGGGAGCAAUGUGUGGUUCAUCGUGACAUCAAAGCAGCUAAUGUCAUGCUGGAUUCUGGGUUCAAUGUCAAGCUUGGGGAUUUCGGUUUGGCUCGAUUGGUUGACCAUGAGCUAGGCCCUCAAACCACAAGGUUGGCUGGAACCAUUGGGUACAUGUCUCCCGAGUAUAUCAGUACUGGAAGGGCCAGCAAAGAAUCGGAUGUGUAUAGCUUUGGGGUGGUCUGUUUGGAGAUUGCCACUGGAAGGAGGGUUGUUGAUUACAUUGAAGAUGGAUUAGAAAUGUGUAUGGUGGAAUGGGUUUGGGAACUGUAUGGGAAUGGAAACCACAGUGUGGCCAUUGACAAAAGGCUUGUGGGUUUCGAUGAAAGAGAAGCAGAGUGCUUGAUCGUUGUGGGAUUGUGGUGUGCUCAUCCUGAUUCCUGUCAGAGGGCGUCGAUCCGGCAGGCAAUCCAAGUUCUGAACUUUGAAUCACCAUUUCCACGUCUACCUGAGAAGAGGCCAUUCCCAGUGUUUAAUAGGGCAGCAAGUUGUGAAAGUUCUGACGAACCAUUGUUAUCAUAUUCAACUACUGAUUGUGAUAGCAUUUGA